AUGAGACCUCUGUUUUCUUCUUCCUCUGUUUUCUUCUCUUUCAUUGCCCAUAAACUUCUAUACCUUUUCCAGUGCAGGGUCUGUUGUUUUGAACAAAGAGAGGAAAUGACUAACCAGAAUGUGGUGGUUUCCGAUGAAGAAUCGGCCAUAAUUACGUUGACCCUCACCAACUCGUCUCUUUUCUCGCCGGCGGUGACAAAGCCGGUGGCUAUUCCAGGUGGGUAUGUCACCAUUUCAAGAAAAAAGUUGUUGAACAAGCUUGGAGGUGGUGGUGGUGAAGGAACCAAGAUCAAUGCAUGGGUUGAUUCAAUGAGAGCUUCUUCUCCAACUCGUAAAUCUGCCCCUGCUCUGACUCUCUCAUCUGAAACUGAAGAUCAAAAGUCCUGGAUUCUUCAUCAUCCCUCAGCACUAAGCAUGUUUGUGGAAAUCAUGAAUGCUUCAAAGGGGAAGCAGAUAGUAAUGUUUCUGGAUUACGAUGGCACACUAUCGCCAAUUGUGGAGGACCCGGAUCGAGCUUUCAUGUCCAAAGAGAUGAGAGAAACUGUGAGGGAUGUUGCAAAGUAUUUUCCUACAGCUGUAGUGAGUGGAAGGUGCAGAGACAAGGUUUAUAGUUUUAUAGGAUUAUCAGAGCUUUAUUAUGCAGGCAGCCAUGGCAUGGACAUCAAGGGACCAACCACAGGUCACAAAUACAAAAAAGGUAAUCAAUCCGUUCUCUGCCAACCCGCCAGAGAAUUUUUACCGAUGAUCAAUGAGGUGUACAAAGCUUUGUUGGAAGAAACAAAAUCCAUCCCAGGAGCUACGGUAGAAAACAACAAGUUCUGCAUAUCCGUACAUUUCCGCUGUGUGGAUGAAAAGAAGUGGGAUGCAUUAGCUGAGCAAGUGAGAUCAGUGCUCAAGGAUUAUCCAAAGCUAAGACUGACUCAAGGGAGGAAGGUUCUAGAAGUUCGACCGACCAUCAAAUGGGACAAGGGAAAAGCCCUCGAAUUCUUGUUGAAGUCACUAGGCUAUGCAAAUUCUAGUAAUGUUUUCCCAAUCUUUAUUGGCGAUGAUCGGACCGACGAGGAUGGAUUCAAGGUUUUGCGUAAGAGAGGUCAAGGGAUAGGGAUUCUUGUGUCCAAAGUUCCGAAGGAAACAAAUGCCUCCUACUCUUUGCAAGAACCGUCGGAGGUUAUGUACUUCUUGCAGCGUUUGGUGGAAUGGAAACGAUCGUUGCUAUCAAGACAUUAG